AUGGAGGACCCCACCAGCAAAGGAGAGGAGUCGUCAAAGAAGGUCUCCGCGACAUCAUCAUCCUCAAGCGGGAGAAGGGGAAAGGAAAUUUCGGUGAAUACCGUCAGCACCGCGCAACAGGCCCCCCAGCAAUAUUCGAUGAACUACACGGCGGCGCCUCCCGCAGCUCCCUCAUUCGCCCCGCAGGCACCUCAGUAUCGACCUCAAGCCCCUGCCCAAUCAAUCUACUAUUCCGCACUGCCGCCUCCACCCAUACCUGCGGUGUCGUCGCCCGUCGUCCAUCAUUAUGCCCCUGCUCCAUCCCAAGCCCCUCAAUAUCAACCUCCGGUUCCUAGGACUACUCAGCCGGCACAACGGGCCCCGCCCCCGCAAAGUCAACAGGGCGGCACACCACAACCGCGACCCCGCCGACAAUACCCGGCCCUACCGGUCCCGCUUUCCCACAUCUAUCGGCAAGUUCGCGAUAAGAUCGGGACAAUAGCGCCCGGCCCAAGCUUCGAUCCCACCAUCCAAGAUCAAAGCAAGCAGUGCGAAUACCAUCGGGGUGCACCGGGGCACACCCUGGACACUUGUUGGAGAUUGAGGGAGAGGGUUCAGGAAAUGAUCGAUGCGAAGGAGCUCGUAUUCAAUGCUGUAAGGCCUCCGAACGUACAGGCCAAUCCUCUUCCUGACCAUGGGCCGGCUCCGGGGCCUUCCAUCAACAUGAUCACCGUGUGCACGUCAAGCGAGGACGAAGGCAAACAAGAUGGGUUCUCUCCCGUUGUGAUUGAAUACGUACCGACGGAAGUCGCAGUCGGGUUCACCGGGGUAGACGUGCCUCAUGCCCCGCUUGUCAUAGACGUCCCCGCCCGGGAGCCAUACUCGAAUGAUAGGGUCCCCUGGACCUAUGAGGGAAGUGUCGGGAGGCUAGAGCAACAAUUCGGUGUCACGGGCAUAACCCGCUCAGGGCGGCUAUAUGAGAACCCGGCGACCACCGACAAAGGGAAGGCACCCGCUGCCGAAGAAGAGAGGAGGCCUAGCACCCUGCCUGCUUCGUCCAAGAAGGAUCGCCAACUCACCUCACUCGAGCCAAUAGAAGAGAUCAACGUGGGUACUCAAGAGGAGCCCCGCAUCCUAAAGAUCGGCACAAGCCUCGACCCAACACAACGGGUCCAAAUGAUCGAUUUCUUGACCAGGUAUCAAGAAGUUUUUGCCUGGUCCUACGCCGACAUGCCGGGGCUAGACCCGUCAAUAGUGAAGCACUUCCUCCCGCUAGACACCGAGAAGUUCCCGCCCAAACGACAACAAUUGCGACGGCAACGGGCAAGCCUCCUUCUCCGCAUCAAGGAGGAGGUUGUCAAGCAGAUCAACGCGGGCUUCCUCGAGGUCUGCAAUUAUUCUGAAUGGGUUGCAAACAUCGUGCCGGUGGAGAAGAAAGAUGGAAGGGUGCGAGUCUGCGUCGACUAUCGGGACCUCAAUAAGGCCAGCCCCAAGGACAACUUUCCCUUGCCCCACAUCGACAUACUAGUUGACAACACGGCGCGCCACUCUCGGUUUUCUUUCAUGGACGGCUUCUCCGGAUACAAUCAAAUUCGGAUGGCCGAGGAAGACAAGAUCAAGACGACAUUCACUACCAUGUGGGGAACCUUCUGUUAUCGCGUCAUGCCUUUCGGUCUCAAGAACGCCGGGGCAACUUAUCAGAGGGCUAUGGUCACAUUGUUCCACGACAUGAUGCAUAAGGAAGUCGAUGUCUAUGUUGACGACAUGAUUGCCAAGUCCAAAGAAGGAGAGGACCACCUCGUUAAUCUGAAGCGUCUCUUCGACCGCUUAAAAGAUUACAAGCUUCGGCUCAAUCCGGCGAAAUGCACGUUCGGCGCUCGAUCGGGAAAAUUACUAGGAUUCGUGGUCAGCGAGCGCGGCAUCGAAGUAGAUCCCGAUAAAGUCAAGGCGAUCAAGGAGCUUCCUCCGCCAUCUUCGGUCCGCGAAGUACGAGGCUUCUUGGGGCGGCUGAAUUACAUCGCACGAUUCAUUGCGAACCUAACAGACAAAUGCCAACCACUCUUUCGCUUGCUCCGCAAGAACGCGGCGAUUGAAUGGGACGAAGAAUGUCAGAAGGCCUUUGACACCAUCAAGGCGUAUUUGGUCCGACCACCGGUAUUGGUCCCGCCUACACCGGGUCGUCCCCUCGUACUUUAUCUAACGGUACGCCGCCAAUCAUUAGGAUGCAUGUUGGGACAGGAGGAGGAGUCCACGCACAAGGAACGCGCGAUCUACUAUCUGAGCAAAAAGUUCACCGAUGGAGAGUCAAAUUAUUCGGAAAUCGAGAAGAUGUGCUGUGCAUUGGUGUGGGUCAUGCAAAGGCUCCGACAAUAUACGCUUUAUCACACGGUCCGCUUGCUGUCAAAGGCAGACCCCUUGAAGUACUUACUUGAUAGUCCCUCCUCCACGCGGAACCUCGCCAAGUGGCGUUGUCAAUUAACGGAGUAUGAUAUUGAAUACGUGUCCCGCACUUCGGUCAAGGGGCAAGCGAUUGCGGAUCAUUUGGCAGAAUUCCCAAUUGAAGACCACACACCAAUUAAUCCCGACUUCCCGGAUGAGGGAAUCCUCCGAGUAGACGACGAGGGAGAGGAGCCGGGAUGGAAGAUGUAUUUCGACGGCGCUGUCAAUUCCACGGGAUCAGGCAUCGGCGCGGUACUGAUAUCCCCGGACGGGCGCUAUUACCCGGUAGCGGCAAAGAUCGACUUUCCCUGCACCAAUAAUGUGGCUGAGUACGAGGCAUGUAUUCUCGGCCUCCAAGCGGCGAUUGAUUUCAAAGUAAAAGAGCUCGAAGUGUUCGGUGACUCCAUGCUCACUAUCUUCCAGACAUUGGGGCAAUGGAAGACAAAGGACGCAAAACUAGUGCCGUACCACGAGUACCUCGAGAAGUUAACCGAGAACUUCGAGGACAUCUCGUUCACCUACACUCCGCGCAUGACAAAUCAAUUCGCGGACGCACUUGCAACGCUCGCCUCCAUGGUGAGCAUCACGAGGGAGAACCUUAUCGAGCCCCUCGAGAUUGAGAUAGCCGAAGGACCGGCGCACUGCAAUUCAAUCGAAGCAUCCGAGGCGAAGCCGUGGUACGAAGACAUCAAGAACCUUCUGCGAACCGGCCAAUACCCCCCAUUCGCCGACCGCCGCGACCGGAAGACUCUCAGACGCCUCGCGAUACACUACUUCUUGAGUGGCGAGAUACUCUACCGCCGCUCCUUCGACUCCACACUCCUCCGGUGCAUCGACGAACACGAAUCGCGGCGUCUCAUGGAGGAGGUGCACGGGGGAAACUGUGGACCCCAUAUGAACGGCCUCAUGCUCGCUAAGAAGAUCAUGCGCCUGGGUUAUUAUUGGUCCACCAUGGAGACUGAUUGUGUGAAGCAUGUCAGGCAUUGCCACCGAUGUCAGGUCUACGCCGAUCAAAUCAAAGCGCCGCCCAACGAAUUGCGCCCCAUGACGGCACCAUGGCCUUUUUCAAUGUGGGGAAUGGAUGUGAUCGGCCCGAUCAACCCCAAAGCGUCCAACGGUCACAUGUUCAUUUUGGUGGCAAUUGACUACUUUACCAAGUGGAUCGAAGCCGUCACUCUUGCGUCAGUCACCGCAAAGGCCGUGGCCCGUUUUCUCAGACGCGACGUCAUUGCCCGAUACGGGGUCCCUGCGACAAUCAUCACAGACAACGCCAAGAACCUGAACAACAAGGUCAUCGACGAGCUUUGUGCACAAUUCAAAAUCCGACACCGCAAUUCCACCCCGUACCGUCCCCAAAUGAACGGUGCGGUGGAAGCGGCGAAUAAGAACAUCAAAAAGAUCAUCGAAAAAAUGACGGUGAACUAUAAGGAUUGGCACGAGAUGCUCCCCUAUGCACUCUUGGCGUACCGUACGUCCAUACGGACCUCAACCGGGGCGACCCCGUACUCGCUAGUCUAUGGCAUGGAGGCCGUCCUCCCAAUCGAAGUAGAGAUCCCUUCCAUGAGGAUUCUUGCCGAGGCCGAGCUUGAAGAAGCGGAAUGGGCAAAGCAGCGGUACGAACAGUUAAAUUUCAUUGAUGAGAAGAGACUGAAAGCGCUAUGCCACGGACAGUGCUAUCAACAAAGAAUGGCUCGAGCCUUCAACGCAAGAGUCCGCCACCGCGAUUUCAACCCCGGCGACCUCGUUUUAAGGAAAGUCCUACACGUCACGCCGGACUCUCGAGGGAAGUUCUCGUACAAAUACGAUGGCCCCUUUGUCGUCAAAGAGGUUUUCUCCGGAGGAGCGGUCAUCUUGAGCGACAUGGACGGCACUGAAAAUGCCCUUCCCGUCAACGCUGACGCCAUUAAGAAGUAUUACCCGUGA